AAAUAUCCAUCACUGCUUCACCCUCCACUACUCCACCCUCUAUCUCCUUUGCUUUAACUGACUAUCCCCACCCCUCUUGACCAAUUCCCUCUCUAAGAUGCUUCCAAGACCCAAGAGCAUCUUCCAUCUAGGGGAGGAGGGUGGUGGUGAACAUCAGGAACAAAACAAGGGUGGAGUAGUAGCCACUAAAGGGUCGAUGAGCCCGUCGAAAGCCUCGAGAGGGCUCGAGGGCCUUCGAAUCCUUAUACAACAUCACGGGCAACGAUCGAACAUCGUCAUAAAGCCGAUGUUGAAGUCGCCUAAGGGUUUUCAGGAGCUUGGCUUCCUAAAAGCAUGUUUUUGGUGCAAGAAGGAGCUAAGCCCUCAUGAGGAUGUAUACAUGUAUAGAGGUGAUCAAGGAUUUUGUAGCGAGGAGUGUCGGCAUCAGCAAAUUUCGAUAGACGAGAGAAAAGAGUUUGAGGCAACUAAAAAAGAUCGGUUAGGGUUGUCUCAUCAUCGCCGUGUGAGCACGAAGAUUCGAGCGGCGGAUCGGCCAAAAAAACUACUAGCUGCAGCAUAAGAGUCUUCAUGCAUGAUGGAGAUAAAAAAUAUACAUAUUAUAUAUAUAUA